AUGUCAUCAGAUGAUCCAGAAGAUUCGAUAACGAUUAGGUACUGCGAGAUGGGAGACUUUCACUGCUGCCAGAGCGACUCUCCAACAGCAGGUAAUUGCUGUUUACUUUCUGAACGUAUCCCUGCACUACACUCUCACCGCCUGUCACGUCGAUCGUACGACGACGACUCGUCGAGUGAUGGGGCACUAGCCGCUGGCACUACUGGGGGAGUUGUUGGUGCUAUUGGCCUGGUUGGCGGCAUGUUCAACGGUAGACGCAGUGCGGCAUUUAAUCCGAUUCUCGCAGAAGCUGAUGCUGGUCCUGAAAGUGUGUUGGUAGAGUCAGACACAAGGCCUGUUCAACCAACUACUGUACAUGAGCUACCGGCAUAG